UUGCCACUCAUCCUUCAUUCUUCUUGUUCACAUUCACCACCUCCACCACCAAAAAGCAGACAAUACCCAUACAAAUCCCCCACAACUAUGGUUGGAUCUUCACUUCCUUCUCACAAUCUCACUCCCAGAUCCAUCAAGUUUCUAUGUAGCUACGGCGGACGGAUUCUCCCCCGUCACUCGGACGGAAAACUCCGUUAUCACGGCGGCGAAACUCGCGUCCUCUCCGUUGAUAGCUCUAUUUCUUUUUCCGAGCUGUUGGUGAAGAUGGGAGAGAUGUGUGGAUCAUCGGUGAGUUUGAGGUGCCAAUUGCCCGCGGAGGAUCUGGACGCUUUGAUAUCGAUAACCUCCGAUGAGGAUCUAACCAAUCUCAUCGAGGAAUACGAUCGGUCGUCGUCCUUGAAGAUCAGAGCCUUCCUCUCCGCCCCCAAAUCCACCAAAAAGGUGUCUCACUCUCCGCCUACCUCGGGUAUGUACACCGGCGGCUGCCCGAUCUCCGGCGGUCGGCAGUUCAAACGGAUCUCAUCAAAGCCGCCGGCGUAUCCUAUUAUUGUGGGACAGAAAGUUAGCGGAAAAAUUCCUCACCAAUUCGUAUAUCAGUAUGAGAUUGGGCAGGGGAAUGGUUGCCGCGUUGCUCGCCUCAUUCACAACGGCAACCACUGGCAAUAGCCGGAAUUACAAAGCUAUGGUAAAAUUGUAAAUGAUGAUGUAUGAUGCAUACACAGUAUAUGACCCAGUCAAGCUCAAGGGGAUCCUAUUUUUACUCAUCCCCAAUCUUCUUGCCAAUUCAUGCAAAUUUUAUUCCCA